ACUCCCAGCCAGGGACAGGCACAUAACUCCCAGCCAGAGAGCUUUUACUGAGCGGUAAAACCGACAAACUAACAUUUCAAUAAGGACUGUCACUUCUCUGGAAAAUAUACCAUUGAAAGUCAGACUUGGAAUAUGGAGGUACUGGGCCCCAUCUUUAAUAUUGCUAAAACAGUCUACCAACUGUGUGAAACUGCCGAGUCUAACAAGAAACAGUGUAAACGUCUGAAAUAUAGGAUAACACUCUUGCUUUUACCUGCUCAAUGUCUCCACACCCAGCCGGAGAAAUCUAGGGAGCUGGAGAGUGUCCUAAAGGAGCUAAAAGUGGUUUUAGAAAAUGCUCAAUGCUGGGCCUUCAAAUACUCCAAAAUGGCAUGGUGGAAGAAGUUAAUGCGAUCUGGCCACAUUAAGGAGGAGUUUGAACAUGUCAAUGACCGUCUCGGUGAUAUGGCCGAGUCCUUGCAGAUCCUUCUUAUUGUAGAAAAAAGAUCUGAAUUUAUGGAACACUUCAAGGAAAGUCGACGUAAGGCCCAGAAUCUCCAAGCUGUUGAAGAGGACAUAGCAGAGCUAACACAAUCCUUCCAGAGUGGGAUGCAUUUGAUGGCGAACACAGUGGAUAACCUGAGUUCUUGGAUAGAACAGCAGAAAAUGAUUGUGUAUCAAGGGAUCAGCUUAUCAUGGGAUAUUACAGAGAUCCGGCCUACCGAUCUGAAGAGAGGGGAAUUGUUGGAUGAAACUCGUCACCAUUCUCUGUACAGAGGGGAGUACCAUAAGGGCCCUGUGGCUAUCAAAGUGCUUAAGGGUGAUCUGAAGACAGAUAAUGAUUACAUACGUAGAGAGUUUCAGUCAGAUUGUAAAACAAUGAAGAAAUUUGAGUGUCGGAAUAUCUUACGACUCUUUGGGAUCUGUAUUGACAACUCCAAGAGUGAGCCGUGUUAUUCCUUAGUGAUGGAGUUUUGUGAAAAAGGAACUCUACGAGACCUCCUGAACAGAGAGCGGGGUUUGCCCUGGGAGCAGCGAGUCUCCAUGGUGCUGGAUGCCGCAAGAGCUCUGUACAGGUUACAUCAUUCAGAGAUGAAAGCCAUCCUGCAUGGACAUCUGAGCAGCUCAAAGUUCUUGGUAGAUGGGACAUACUGUCUAAAGCUAUAUGAAUUUCAGUUCUCCAAAACUGAGUCAUCUAUGAGGAGAACCCUUCCUACCGAGAAGCAAAACAUUGGGUGGGCAUACAUGGCUCCUGAGACGCUGAAUAAUCUCAAUGCGUACAACAAGCGUAGUGAGGUUUACAGCUUGGGAGUGGUGUUUUACGAAAUUGCCAGUGGAAAGGUUCCUUUAGAGGGACUGACUGACCCAGAGAAACACCUGGAUGAGCUGCAUCAGAUGCUGACAGCCGAGGUGGCCACCGGCCUUCCCACGGAUUGCCCAAAAAUUCUCAGUGACAUCAUCACACAGAGUCUAGAAAGCCACCCUACUAAACGUCCAACAGCCGGAGUUAUUGUGGAUCAGCUGCAUGCUUAUCUAAAUGAAGAAAAUCCCAGAUUAUUGCCUGCCGAGACUAAUAUAUAGUGUGCUGACAGACGUCUGGCACCAUAUUAAUCCAAGACUGCCACGACUUCAAUAUCUUCCUAAACUCAGCAAUUUCACUAUUUUCACUCGUCAGUAGGCAGGCCUAUGGGCAAUAUGAGAUAAUGAUACCAUCAGCACAGGGUCGCUAUUGUGACUUUGCAGCAAGCCCUGAUCAUUCCUGUGUGAAACCUCCGCUGCUGUCAUACUUGCUUUGUCCUGAUUACAUAUGUACAUGUUCAACUACAUCAGCUUUCAAAUGGGUAAAGGGCUACUCCAACCAAAAAACAGUGAUUCCAUAAAACAUUGUUUGGUUAGAGUAACCCUUGCUUGGUCCAUCACACCCCAACUUAAUAAUAAAAUUAAACACUAUAUAGUUAACUGUUGACUCACACAUAUCUUGCUUGUCUCGUUUGUGGCUGUUUAUUCAUGCAUAUCAAGCCUG